UGAUUUUGACAUCAUCAUCUUCUCAAGUAAAGCUGCAGAGGCCCCUCAGCCUGACUAAUCACUAUCUACUUCUUCUUGCUUUUCUAUUUAAAUCCCAAGAAAUUGUUGCACAGACCCAAUCUUUUUCUCUCACCCUCUCUCUCUCUCUCUCUCUCUCUCUCUGCUUAAACAAGAAUAAUAACUUCCUCUUCCUGGGAUCUUUUUACCGUCCAAAGGCUUUUGCUAAAUUCCAAUUAGACCUCUUCAAAAGAAAGUGUCUUUCACGUUUCACUCAGAGUCACGGUUCCAAGAAAUUCACCUUCUUGAAAAACCUUCAAAGAAGUUAACUCAUCCUUUCCGGUCAAUGUAAAUGGAGAAAGGGCAUAUGUACAUCUACCCAUAGCUAUAUAUAGAUCUCCUAUGGGGGCUUGCUUUUACAUUAUAUAGUUUUUGGAAUUCUAAAGAGGUUUUGAAGGAUGAGUAGAAGUGGCGAAUCAUCGCAUAAUCGAACCCCUAGAGAGUUAAUCUGUCACGCUGGUGCUGGUGCUGCUGCAGGUGCUAUUGCAGCUACUUUUGUUUGCCCAUUGGAUGUUAUCAAGACAAGGUUACAAGUCCAUGGCUUGCCUGUGACCCCCAAUUCAGGCCGUGCAGGUAGCGUCAUUAUUACAAGUCUCCAAAAUAUAAUCAGGACUGAAGGUUUUAAGGGACUGUAUCGCGGUCUUUCUCCGACAAUAAUAGCACUACUUCCAAACUGGGCUGUGUAUUUCACAACAUAUGAACUACUCAAGGGCCUACUACUUUCACAUGGGGAUGCUAAUAACGAACUCACAAUUGGUACAAACAUGGUAGCUGCUGCAGGUGCUGGAGCUGCCACAGCCAUUACUACAAAUCCAUUGUGGGUUGUGAAAACCAGACUUCAGACACAAGGAAUGAGGCCGGGUGUGGUUCCUUACAAAAGCAUAAUCUCUGGUUUGAGAAGGAUUGUACAUGAGGAAGGCAUUCGGGGGUUGUAUAGUGGCAUUCUACCUUCUUUGGCUGGGAUAAGUCAUGUUGCAAUUCAAUUUCCUGUGUAUGAAAAGAUAAAAUCUUAUGUGGCUGAAAAGAAUAAUACAACCGUUGAUAAUCUAAGUCCUGGGGAUGUUGCAAUUGCUUCCUCAACAGCCAAAGUUGUUGCCUCUGUAUUAACGUAUCCUCACGAGGUUGUGCGAUCAAGGCUUCAAGAGCAAGGGCAAGCCGGAAAUUCUGAAGUUCGAUACAGUGGACUCGUUGAUUGUGUUAAGAAGGUGUUUCAAAAGGAAGGUUUUCCUGGUUUUUAUCGUGGCUGUGCAACUAAUUUAUUGAGAACAACGCCAUCUGCUAUCAUUACAUUUACCAGUUAUGAGACGAUGCGUAGGUUUCUAGAUCGAGUUCUUCCUCCAUACAAGAAGCAUUCGCAGGCUCAUCCAAAAUCUGAUAAGCGACCUGCGAUUGAAACCAAAGAAAACGAAAUGAGUAACAACAUUGUUUUGGGGCAAUCACAAACCCAACCAAAUGAAAGAACUCCCUCUAUUCCUUUGGGAAAUAAGGAGAAGCUAACUGCAGCUAACUGAUUGACUGUUGUUUCUUUUGCAACUUCCCAAUUCCUGGUAUGGGUUCUCCAUAGAAAGUGAAUAAAUUUUUGAUGAAUAAAAUGCAAAAUUCUUUUGUUCCUUAAUUUGCUUGUAUUAAUUAUUACUAAAUUUUACAGAGUAGCUAAUUUGUUGAAUUUCUGUAUCAGUUGCUGAUUAUUUUAUACUCAUUUAUUGCUGUGAAUGUUCAUUUACGGACCUUGCAUU